AUGAAUGCAAACGAUCUGAAUCGCCCAUCACAUCCAGGGUUGGGAAUCAUCUUUUCCGACGCCAGCCGCCCAGAGAGAGAUGAAGAUCAACACACAAAUCUCAGCCAACCUAAGCUGUAUCCAUGCCUCCCAGACAGCACAGUUUUUGAUGCACGAUUUUGGCAAGAACACGUUCCAAUGCUAGUACAAAGCAACGUCGCCGUCCAAUCCGCCAACCUAGCUGUUCUCAUCCUCAUGUUCGCCCAGUCAGCAGUCGGCGUUGGAAGCAAUCACUACGGAAAGGCCCUUUGGCAUUACGGCCGAGCUCUUCGGCUCGUUAGAGAGACAAGCACCUCCAGAGAGGGCCUUCGACCAGCCAUUCUGUGUUCCAUGUUCUUCGUCAUAUUUGAGAUUAUGAACGGGGAUACAAGAGCCGCGGAAUCGCACUUGUGGAACGGAGAAAAGAUGCUUUUAGAGCUUCAGCGACUAGAAUCGAGACCCGGAGGCAUUGAAGUGGACGGGGAAGGGAGUUUACGGCGGGAAUUGCCGUACGCGCUCCAGUUUCUGAUGUUGCAGAGCGAUGCCCCGAACCUCAACUUUGAGAAAGCAGGCUAUUUGGAAGCGUUUAUUCGGAUGGCUACAAGUCCGGAUCGGAUACCAAACAUGGUUCCAAGAGCGUAUCCGGAUCAAAUGACGGAGCGGGUUGAAGGUUUACUAUAG